UAAUUCGAUUUACAUAUCCACCCACAAAAUGUCUCACCAUAAAAGUACCCAACCAAAGUACCAUUAGUCACUACCACCCAGACCUAAAGUAAACAACAAGGUUGCAUGUUACAUUUUUAAAUUAAUCCAGUAAUUGAGUAAUUUAAUUUACUUACAUAUAUUUAUUCAUUACAAACGUUAAAUAAUAUAAAAACACAGUUUGAGAGCAGUUAUUUUACAGUACAAUGUAAACAAUAUACCAAUCCUAUUUUUCAACAGGUCUAGAGAACAGAACAUUUAAUCUACAAUUGCGGAGACUGAAUUCCAAAUAACCCAAAAAUAAUGUGUGAUAAUGAUGAUACCUGCAAAUGUUACAAACACUCAGUGGCGUCCCAGUCUUUGGAUGAAAUGGAUUUUGAAAGAGGUAUUUGGUAUGCUGCCCAGUAUGGAGAUUUAGAAAGAGUUAAUAAGAUUUUAAAAGAUAAAGGUGAUGCUGAUGUGAGAGACUCUGCUGGAUAUACUGCUUUACAUUAUGCUGCUAGAAAUGGCCAUUUGAAAGUAUGCGAGAUUUUGAUGGAAAAUGGGGCCAAUGUGGAUGCUGUUACCAAAGGAGGGGUAACUGCACUUUGUCGUGCUGCUACUACAGGAAAAGGCGAUAUUGUAGAUUUCUUGUUAUCAAGAAACGCUGACCCCUCAAUCCAGGAUUCAGAUGGAAAAACGGCACUACAUAGGGCAGCUGAAAAUAACCAUUAUAAAAUCUGCAAAAAACUUUUAAAAGUAGCACCAUCUUUGAGCGAAGUGGCCGAUUUUAGAGGGUUCAAAGCAGACUUAACAGAUGUUAAAGACAAUAUGCAGAAGUGAUAGCCAAUUAAAAUUGAUGUGUCAUAUUGUUGAA